GAUAACAUUUAAGUACUGGCCAUCCUGUUUCGUGUUGCAGUUGUGUUAGAUGUCAAGAUAAAAGAGUUGUAUUUUGUUCGCACAACGAACGUGCGAAUCGAAAUGUAAUUAGUGUAUAUACCUUAUUAUAAUAAGUUGUUAAUUAGUAUGACAAUGGCAUGGAAACAAGUUAAAGAACAUUUAGGAGUUGCCAUACAUAAUUUCGUACAUGGAACUCCUUACACAAUGCGAUUGACUGUUGGAGAAAUGGUACAGAUAUUGGAAGAAUGCGGAGACUGGUAUUAUGGACGUAAUAAAUCUAAAGGGACAAGUGGGAUUUUUCCAAAAUCCUAUAUACACAUUUUACAACAAUCGAUGAGUAUGGACUGUUUAAUACAUGAAAUCACCAAUGUUUUGAGAGAAUGGGGACAUCAUUGGAAGCAUCUAUAUGUGAUUCACUCUGUGCACUUCAGAACAAUGCAACAGCAAAUUUUAGAGUUAAUAGGAUAUAGAAGUAAAAUUUUGAGUGGCACAUUAACAGUAGAUGAAUUAAAGGAUGUGAAAAGAUUAGCAACAGCUAGAAUUGAUACUGGUAAUCAAUUAUUAGGUAUGGAUAUGGUUGUGCGUGAUGAUCAAGGAAAUGUUCUUAAUCCUGAAGAAACAAGUACAAUUCAAUUAUAUUAUCAUCAUGAAAGAGCUGCAGAAAGAAUAAGAAAGGCAGCUAAUGAUACAAAACAAAAGCUUCCAAAACUGCAAGCACCAGUAUAUUCACAUAUCUUUUUUGUUAGUGUAAGGAAUUUUGUAUGUAAAAUGGCAGAAGAUGUAGAAUUAUUACUGACGUUAUACGAUGGUAAAGAAAUGAAAGCUAUUACUGAAAAUUAUGUAGUGUCAUGGAGCAAAGAAGGACUUGCCAGAGACAUAGAUCAAUUGCAUAAUCUUCGAGUUUUAUUUACUGAUCUUGGUUCUCGAGAUUUAACAAGAGAUAAAGUUUACUUAGUUUGUUAUGUAAUUAGAGUAGGAGGUAUGGAAGCUAAAGAUACUGACCAUCGACGUUCAAGCGUAGCACAAGCUAAUCAAAAAGUGAAAAAUACUGAAAAUAUGAGAAGACCAUUUGGUGUAGCAGCAAUGGAUAUUACUUUAUAUAUUACUGGUAAACUUGAAGGUGAUUCAGAUCAUCAUCAUUUUAUUCCAUUUGUACACUGUUGUGAGAAAGAAAGUUUGGAUGGUACAUUACGUAGAAUUCUUUCUCAAAAAGAAACAAAUAUUCAAAAAUGUAGUAAUGGAAACAGUGGCAGCUUUACCGGUGGACAAGGUUUAUGGGCUAGUUUAAAACUGCUUAGAGGAGAUCCAAAACAAGUACGUGAUGAAAAUCCACACUUAGUACUUGGUAAUGUUGCUAUUGCCAGAAAAAUGGGAUUUCCAGAAGUUAUUUUACCAGGUGAUGUGAGGAAUGAUUUGUACCUCACAUUAAUUAGUGGUGAAUUUAACAAAGGAUCAAAGUCUACAGACAAAAAUGUUGAAGUUACAGUCAGAGUCUGCAAUGAAUUUGGUGUGCCAAUACCAGGGGUUAUGACAUUAGGUGGUGGAGCUUCAUCUAUUGAUGAGUAUCAUAGUGUUAUUUAUUAUCAUGAAGAUAAACCUAGAUGGUGUGAAACAUUUAAGAUUGCUGUACCUAUUGAAGAAUUUAAACAGGCUCAUUUAAAAUUUACAUUUAAACAUCGAAGCUCAAACGAAGCAAAAGAUAAAUCUGAAAAACCUUUUGCCUUAAGUUACGUAAAAUUGAUGCAACGUAAUGGAACAACAUUGCAGGAUAUACAGCAUGAGUUACUAGUUUAUAAAUUAGAUCAAAAGAAAUAUGAAGAAAUUGAUAUUUCAUACUUGAAAUUACCAUCCACAAGGGAUGAAUUGGUUGAAUUAAAUAUAGAAAAAAAACCAACAUUAGGAGCACUUACUUUAAGCAGUAAAGACAGUUUUUUGAUAGCGACUAAUGUUUGUUCUACAAAAUUAACACAAAAUGUAGAUUUAUUAGGUUUAUUAAACUGGGCAUCACACAAUACAGAUUUGAAAGAAUCUCUGAUUGCUUUAAUGAAAGUUGAUGGUGAAGAAGUAGUAAAAUUCUUACAAGAUGUUCUAGAUGCUUUGUUUAACAUAUUAAUGAGUAAUUCGGAUAGUGAUGUUUAUGAUGAUAUGGUAUUUGAAUGUUUAUUAUAUAUUAUUGGUCUUGUGUCUGAUAGAAAAUACCAACACUUUCAACCAGUAAUGGAUUUAUAUAUUUCUGAGAGUUUUUCUGCAACGCUUGCAUAUAAAAAAUUAAUUGCAGUAUUACGUAAACGUAUAGAUAAUGCAACUAAUAAUGAUGGGCAAGAACGUGAUAUAUUACUUAAAACAAUGAAGAGCCUUCAAUAUUGUAUGAGAUUUGUUGUAGAAUCCCGUCUUUUAUUUACUGCAUUAAAUGAAGAUGAAGAAGAGUUUUCUCAGACAUUAACAGAAUUAUUAAGAUCUAUAGUUGAGCUUAUGAGACAUGAAACAGAUAGUACUUUGUUAGUUCAAGGAGCGUGUUUAAAAUAUUUACCUACUACUAUUCCUCAUUUGCUGCGAGUAUAUAGUGGCAAGCAAUUGAGCACAAUUUUGACUAAUUUAUUAGUUACUUUACCAGUAGGAAGAUUAACUAAACAAAAAAUGAUGACAGUGAAUGAUAUUGUUCAUAGCCCUCUUUUUUUGAGUGCAGAAUGCAGAGCAAUAUUGUUACCUAGAAUUACUAUUUUGGUUCGUGAUUUAUUGGAAGCUAAAGAGGAGGGGCUAUCGAGUACUCCUGGAAAUAGCGUGGCGAAGGUAGCCAGGCUGCUCGGCGAAAAACGACACCUGCUCAACCAGCACCGUGGGUACUCUGAAGAGGUAGAAUUGUGUGUCAAGAUUUUAUCUGACAUCCUGGAAUUAACAUUUAGAAAAGAUGUAGGAAGUACUGUCCAAGAUGUAAAAGAAAUUAUGCUCACUGCUCUACGGACCAUUAUACAAACAGUUAUAUCAAUGGAUAGAGAAAAUCCAUUAGUAGGAAAUUUGGUUUCAGUUAUGUUAGCAAUAUUUAGACAAAUGACACAACAUCAUUACGAAAUUUAUAUAAAUCACUUUGGAACUAAAUUUGAUUUACUUGAUUUCCUUAUGGAAAUAUUAUUAGUAUUUAAAGAUUUAGUAUCAAAAAGUGUAUUUCCAGGAGACUGGUGUGAAAUGAUUAUGCUUCAAAAUAGUAUCAUUUUGAAGUCAUUGCGUUAUUUCUCGGGCACCAUUAGAGAUUGUUUCUUCACUGAUUUUGAACAACAAGCUUGGUCUAACUUUUUUCAUUGUGCAAUUGCAUUUUUGACUCAGCCAACUUUACAAUUGGAAACAUUUACGCCAUCAAAACGCAAUCGUAUUGUAUCGCGUUAUAAUGAUAUGCGAAGAGAAACAGCAUUUGAAAUACGAUCAAUGUGGUUUAAUCUAGGUCAACAUAAAAUAUUGUUUGUACCGGCUUUAGUUGGAGCGAUAUUAGAAAUGGCAUUAAUUCCAGAAAGUGAAUUAAGAAAGGCAACUAUACCUAUAUUUUUUGAUAUGAUGCAAUGUGAAUUUUAUAGUUCACGUAUUGUUGAAGGAUAUGGUGAUACUAAACGUGAUCCCGCUCACAUAAAAGCUAAUUUCACAGAAUAUGAAAAUGAAAUGAUUGCAAAAUUAGAUAUAUUGGUCGAAGGAGGUAGAGGAGAUGAACAAUUUCGUUUGCUUUGGAUUCAAGUAAUGGGUAAUCUUUGUGAAAAGCACUCAACAAUGCGAGAACAAGGAUUACGCUUUGUUGAUAUAGUAGCUAAACUUAUGGAGCGAUUAUUACAAUACCGUGAUAUCAUUCAUGCCGAGUCUCAGGAACAUAGAAUGCUAUGUAUUGUAAAUUUAUUAGAAUUUUACUCUGAAAUAAAUAGAAAUGAAAUGUAUAUUAGAUAUGUAAAUAAACUUUGUGAGCUACAUUUGGAAUGUGACAAUUAUACUGAAGCAGCAUAUUCUUUGAAACUUCAUAGUCAAUUACUAGCUUGGAGUGAUCAACCAUUAUCACCACUUUUAAGAUCGCAUAGAUAUUUAGCAUGUCAAACGCAUCGCGAAUUGAAAGAAGCAUUAUAUAAUGAUAUGAUUGAAUACUUUGAUAAGGGUAAAAUGUGGGAAUGUGCACUAGCAGUAUGUAAGGAAUUAGUUGCACAAUAUGAAGAAGAGACAUUUGAUUAUUUACAACUUUCUGUAUUAUUGACACGUAUGGCCAAGUUUUAUGAUUCGAUAGUAAAACAAUUAAGGCCUGAACCUGAAUAUUUUAGAGUUGCAUACUACGGUCGUGGUCAUCCGGCAUUUUUACAAAAUAAGGUGUUUAUUUAUCGUGGAAAAGAAUAUGAACGUCUCAGUGAUUUUUGUUCACGAACAUUAAAUCAGUUACCAAAUGCGGAACAAAUGAAUAAAUUAUCUCCUCCCACUUCAGAAAUGUUAGAAUCCAGUCAUCAAUAUGUCCAAAUUAAUAGGGUAGAUCCAUUAAUGGAUGAAAAAAGACAUCGCCUUAGUGGGAAACCUAUAACAGCAGAAGCAGUGUUGAGAUAUCAUCGCGUGAAUGAUGUUCAACGUUUUCGAUUUUCAAGACCAGCACCAAAGAAAGAUUUAACCUCAGCUACUGUUAAUUUUGGCGAUAAAGAAAAAGAAACGAUUACCAAUAACGAGUUUGCUUCAUUAUGGUUAGAAAGAACAGUACUCGUUACGAGUCAUCCAUUACCAGGCAUUCUUAGAUGCUUUCCUGUUACAUCUAGUGAGACUUAUUUAGUUAGUCCUCUUCGUAAUGCAAUUGAAACAAUGGAAGCUACAAAUACUACAUUAAGAGAUUUAAUCUUAGCACACAAAGCUGACAAUAAUAUUCCGCUAAAUCCACUUAGUAUGAAAUUAAAUGGUAUAUUAGAUCCAGCUGUAAUGGGUGGUAUAGAUAAUUAUGAAAAAGCAUUUCUUAAUUCUGAAUAUCGCAAUACUCAUCCAGAAGAAAGUUCCGAUCUUUUGAAAUUGGAGGGAUUAAUCGCUGAACAAAUUCCAUUGCUUAGUGUUGGUGUUCAAUUACAUAAAGUACGUGCUCCUCCUGAAUUGAUGCCGUUUCAUCAGCGUUUGGAACAAUGUUUCAUAUCAAUGCGAAAUCAAGUAGAGGCAAAGUAUGGCAAAAGGACAUGCGAUUUACAAAUUGAAAAUCUAACUCAGCCUGUUACGAUGAGAAGACAUCAAAUUUCGAGAGGCGAGAAUCAUCGAUUAUCUGAAUCAAAUAUUAUGAAUUCAGACUGUGGAACUCACUCCAGGGUAUCCUCUCUUACCAGAACUCAAGUUGCAACAUUCAAGUCGCUCGCCUCAUUCAAUUUUAACAACAGUACAUCUUCAUCCGGUACUCAAAACGUCAGUUUAUCAAGAAUAAUAUAUACGUAAUUUCAGGAAUUUUGUCGUUGGGCCUGAUAAACAUAAUAUCCUGUUAUCCUUCCUUCGCACUUAGCAGUUUUUCUAUAUGUACACAUGUGAAUUCUUCAAUACGUUCACACAUAUUAUCCACUGCAUCUUUACAAAAAGCAUUAGGAAGUCCAAGCCCAGGAACAAAUAAAAAAAAAGACUCAAAACGAAGAAGUUCACGUAAGAGUGAUUCAAUUGCGUCGACAAAAAGUGAUCAACCAACAAGUCAGUGGUAUACUACAGCAGAUAUAUCACAAGUUACAUCGACCCCAGUCACUCCAUUAACAUCUAGUUUUCCUACUACUCCAAUAUUUGAACUUCGUCAAGAGCUAACGCCUAAACGCCCUUUAAGGUCAGAAGUAGAGAAGGAAAGAAGAAUAAGCAAUCGCUUAUCUGGGCAAUCUCAUUAUUUGAGAAACACAAACAAUGGAAUGGAUUCAAGUAGUUUAGGAAAAGGAAACAGAGAUAGCAUUGGUACUACAGACAGUACAGCAUCUGAAGAUGACCCUCCACCGCCUUUACCUAUGAAAACACGCGAAGCUGAUUAUUAUAAUCUUCCAGAAGAAUUGCCUGUUCAACAUUGUGCAACAGGUAGUUUAAAUAAUUUUAAUCGAUCUUUAGGACAAUGGUCAAAAAACAAACUUCCAACUCCUACAGACGAUCUUGACGUUCAAACAAGACCACCUACUCCACCUCCAAAACCAAAAAGGCCACCUUAUAGUUUAAAUAAACUUAUACUUUCGUCAGAUAUAGAUAAUUUUAGUCAAGACCCGUCCGUAACUUGAUUCAAAUUAUUUGAUGAUCAUGUGUCUUGCCAGUAUAUUAAAAACCACAUACAAUGAUAUUUAUAUAAACUUUAGUUAUACUAGAAAAUUAAAAAGUUACCAUUUACAUUUAUUAUGUACCUUUUGUUUGUAACUAAAAAAGUAUCUAUCAUUGUUAAAAAUAACAGUACAGUAAUAUUUUAAGUACAGUAAUAAUUACUUUCAGUAACAUGACAAAUAUGUUGAGAAUUAAUUUUAUAUUUUAUUAAAAUCAUACAUAUUUGCUUUUAUUUCAUCCAAUUGAGAAAUUUUGAAUAAAUUACAUAUAUUGCUAUUAAAUAUGAUAAAAAUAUAACGAUUUUUAAAAAAAUUUAUGAUUGACAAUUUUAUACUUCUAAAUGAGAAAGCAUUUCUAUAUACAUUUUAUAUAUGUAUAUAUAUAUAUAUAUACAUAUUAUAUAUAUGUAUAUAUGUAUAUUAUAAAUUUUUCACUUCAUAUUUUAUAAAUACAUUUAUAUAAAGUAUAAGUUUUGCAUAUAUCUAUAUUCACAAAUGUUAAUUAAUAUAUUGUGCAUAUUUACCAAUGCCAUUGACAAUUUAAACUCUUUCAUUUAUAGAAGACUUUAUACUCAUCAUAAGACAUACAUAUAAGUUAUGCAUAAUAUCUUUAUUAAGAUGCAGAUAUUAGAAUUUUACUGUGUAUUUUUAUAGAUUUUUAUAAUAAGUGUUUACUAGAUUUUCCGUAUAAUAACAUUUUUGAACAAAUUUUACUGUUAUUGUUGCUAAUCUUUUUUAACAUAGGUAAAGUUUAGAAAGCUGUUUUGAAAUCUAAAAUACUUUUUUAAUAUCUGUUUUCUUUGAAAAGUCGAUUUUAUACUAGUAUUAUUAAUAUCUAAUUAUUAACCUAAGCAUUAGACAUUAUUGUGAUGUACUAAUACAUUAAAAACUUGUUUUAUAAAUCAAUUGACAAAAUAUCGUUUAAAGUAUUAAAUUAUUUAAAACAAUGAAGACAUGAUUUGAAACGAACAAAAAUUAUUUUGUAUGCAGUACAUGAUUAGUAUAUCACAAAAUUUAUGUAUUUACUCCAUUUUCAUAUAUCAUGACAAAUUAUUCUAAAGCGAAACAAAUUUUUAUAUAUUUUUAAAUAAUUAUACAAAUUUGUUGUAAAGCACUACAUUAUUUGACAAGAUUGUUGUAUUCUUAACAUGUAAAUGUAUAACAAAUUUGUAAGGAAAAAGAAACAUAUUUUUGAUUAUAAAAUAUUAUACAUUCUUUUUAAUUGCAAUUUAUGUGAGUCUCAUACCAAAGAGAUUAGUGCUUUAUUUAUUUUAUUAAUAAGUUAUAUCACUUAAGAAAUGUUAUACCACAAAUUAUUCAUAUGAAGCAAAAAUAA